UUAUUGUGGGCCGCUUCGUUACCGAGUGUUUUAAAUACACAGAAAUUCUUACAAACUUUUUAUUCUUUAUUUAAAAUGUCACGUUUUAUUUAAUGUACUUGAUAUGUCGGCGUUUGUGAACUCCAGUCCGUCUCCUCCAUCUAUUCCAAAACCGAAGAGCCGGAGUUUGAAGGGACUCAGUCACUCAGUCACAGCCGUGAAUGAAAACACUGUAGCAGCUAAGCUUCCUGAAAUAAAAGACAGAUCAUCAGUGAGUGAAAAUGUCCAGCCACCGUUCCCUUCACUGCAAAAUAACCAAAAUGACUUCAUACCAGACGAGAUUCUCAGCAGUCUCACUUCAAAUCUAUGCACCCGUGACAGACUGGAGCCAUCAAAGAUCAGCAGAACCCCCAAACACCUAAAGGUUGGUGGAUUACGUGCACCAGAUGCUGUUUGGCAUCAUUACAUCGGUCGCAAGAAAUACCAGUACUUUCUAGACCAGCCAGUGUCGCUGUCUGGUGCUGGCAGGGAUAUAUCCUUUCUGUGUGACACCUCGGCAGCUCAGAAGCAGAAAAUCUCCCUCCCACCCAUGCCCGACAGUGACACCACUCCAUCUCAAGAUCCUAAAACAAGAGAAACAUUAAUCCCAACUGAAUACCACAUAGUUAAAAAGAAAGGAGUGAAACCACUGCAGCUGUAUGAUGACAAAUUUACAGUUUUGUUACAAGACGAUGAUAACAAACUCAGUGUGUUUCCAUCCAUGAAACCCAGUGGACGACUGGAGGCAGUGCAGUUGAUGAGACUGAUGGAUGAUAUGCUGGAGAAAGCAGGUAUCAAUCAAGAGUUUGAGGAGCUCACAGGUCUCUCACAGAUGCAGGAACUGUUAGAGUUGGUUCAAGUGGAGCAGAAAAUCUAUAACAUUGUGUUCCAUGAGCUGAUCCGCCAAGUCAGCGUGGAGUGUGCUGAAAGGGGCCAGCUGCUAGCUAAACUCAGGCAGAGAUACGCGGCUUUGCUGGACCGAAUUCCCCGUCAGCUGAGGGGGCUGCACACAGAGACCCUGGCACAGAAAGCCCUGGACUGGCGGCUGACAGAAGAGAUCAUCUGCUUCAAAAAAUCUGUUGCACAUCUUACUGAGGAGCUGAGUGAGUUGAGGGAACAUGAUGUGCAGGUGGUCAAACAGACUGAGAAGAGUCAGGAGGAACUAGCUAAAGCACUGGAGCAAUCACAGCGCAACUCUGAUAUGGUUGGAGAGUUCCACCAUCUCUACGAGCUGCAGAGACAAAGGCUGGAAAAGCAAGUAGCUUCACUGACCGAAGAGAAGGACCUGUGGAGCAAGAUCACAUACAGUCUCGCUCUCAAGGUCAUUAAUGUGAACAACCUGCAGCUAGUCAGCAGGCUUCACGUUAGUGAGCAGACGUGGAAUGCGACUGCAGAACACUUCAUCAUUGUCCUGACAGCAAAGGACUCAGAGGAGCUGAAUCAGAUCAUGGAGCUGACAGAUGAGUGGAAAGAACAGCUGAGCAGUUUCAUGGAGAACCGCAGACUGACUGAGAGAAAGCAAUGUGAGGGCAUCAGGUCCAUCCAGACAGGCAUUAGCACAUGGAAGAAGUUCUUUGAGACUACCAGGAACCCUGAUGCAAAAUCUGAAACGAUUUCAGAGGAGAAGCUAUUUAAUGACUUAAAGCAGUGGUCAAAGGUUUUGACUGUGCAGUGUGAACGAUAUGGAGGUGAAGACCUUCUCUCAGGUCAAGAGACACUAAAAACAUUGGUGCAGCUUCAGGAGUCAUGGGAGGAGCUGUUUCUGCAGCUUUUCAGGAGACAUUCAGGACCAGAUGGAGAGCCACCGCAGGGUCAGGCAGCAAUGAGGGAACUAUGUCAUACUGUCACCGAACUCCAUAAGCAGUUGGGGACCCGUAUUAAUGGGGAAAGUGGCAUUCAUAAACAAUUGAUGACUCUGGUUGAAGUAAUGGAUUUCUGGACCAACAAACUGAAGUCUCUCAUUGGAUCUCCUAAUACUUUGCCUCAUUCUGAUGCAUUGAAGCUUGAGGAGGAUCUGUGUAGAUGUUUAACACUAGCUGAGGAGGCCAUUCUGAAUGUAGAUUGCUCCCAGCCAGAGAGUGAGAAGAUAGAGCAGAAGCCGCAUUCCCAGUUUGAAACUGAUGAUGUGCUGGAGAAGCUGAGAGAGUUCCUGACCUCUCAGAACAACUUCUUUGAGUGUGAGAACUUCACACUUGGUGAGAAGGUCAGGUCCUUGCACAAACUGAGGAUCCAUUGGAUGGUGGAUCUCUUGCUGCUGAUGGUGCCGGAUUGCUGCAAUACAGAGGAGCACCGUCUAUCACCAGACACAGAGUUUUAUUCUAAUAAGGAGGCAUCUCCUCAAAAGCUGGAGGAAGAUGCAAGAAACCUCGCACAGAAAUCAGACUACCUAUCCAAGUACAUCAUAAGCUCUUGCCAUAACAUCGUUGAGGAAAUGAUCCAGAGAAACACGGCACAGGAUGAAGUGGUGUAUGAACUUUACCAGCUCAAAAAACUUGAGAAUGAGUGUAGUGAGUGGGCUGAUGUCUGUAGGAUCGUGCUAUCGGAUUUGCCGGGGUUUCCUGUGGAGCUGCAGCUGUCUGAGAACGCUGUUUCUAUCCAUCCCGGAUCCUCCCGCAGUGGAGAUAUCAAACCAAAAUGUCCUGCAGAGGCCAAGGAUGACGAGAAAGCAGAUGGAACUAAUGAACAGGUGGAGGUGAAAAGGACAGAAACGAUCACAGACAAUGAAAAGAAAGGUUUCGUACUAAAGCUUAUAGGUCAUGAUGGAUACAUCACUGAACAGAUCAUUGGAGAUGAGAUGGUGCAGCUCCCUGGGACCAGUGAUCUGGUGACGCGACCGCAGAGUGAGAACGCACAGCAUGCCUUCAGUGCUCUGGCUACUGUACGGGUUCUUCAGCAGGAGCUACUAGCUGUAGAGACUCGGGCUAUAAGGGCUGAGGAGAGGGCUAUGAAAGCAGAGGAUGCCCUGCAGGGGGCUCUGGAAAAAAUCUAUGAGCUGGAACGUAAUCUACCUCAAGAAACCAGUCCAGAAACUACAGUGAGCAAGAAGUCUGCAUCACCAGUUGCUAAUACAGAACCCACAUCUGAACCCAGAGAGGUGAGCCAGAAGCCAAUGCCCAGCCCCAAACCCCCUACAGGCAGCAAGAAACACUAAACCAACAGAAGAUAUUAAAGUUACCGGUGAUCUCUGUGUAGUUUUAAUAGGAGGAUUAAAGUAAUAAAACCAUUUAAAAAAACAA